AUGCCCGACUUUGAAGCGAAGCCAGCGGCCGGCGAUGCGCCAAAGGACUGGCGCGAGGAAACAAAUCAGCUCCCGUCCUUCUACUCUCCUCGAACCAAGGCCGCCGACAGCGCAUCGGCAGCUGCGUCCUCCAGCCAUGAGGUAGCCGACGACCUGAACCUCUCCGACCCCGCCGCCCCCGCGCGAGCCGAAGACGAUGCCGCCUCAACGACCGCCAACACCGCCCUGCCACCGCCCUCCCUCCUCUCGCCCGCCUUCACGCCCCCGGCGACCCCCGGCACAGCAACGCCUCUCACCGGCUCCGAGGCUCCCCGCGGCGUGCCCGUCGACAGCUCCAUCCCCUCGGGCGGCGCGGGGACCAAACGGCCCCGCCUCCUCGAGACCCUGCCCGAGGUGCAGUGCAUCGUACGAGCGCGCAUCCCCACCGUCACCGGCACCGAGAUGUUCCUGCACCUGUACACGAACAACGUAGACAACAAGGAACACCUGGCCAUUGUCUUCGGCCCGCACAUCCGCAGCAAGUCGCUUGACGAGCCCCGCCCCGGCGAGACCGAGAUGGACCGCAUGGUGCGCGGCGCCUACACGGGACGUCUGUUCCCUGGCCGCACGACCAGCGGCAUGGCCGGCGGCGUGGCCACCCCCGUCGGCGAGCAGCCGUCGCCCUUGGACGCGGCGCAGCAGCGCGGCCCGGCGCUGGUGCGCAUUCACUCCGAGUGCUACACCGGCGAGACGGCGUGGUCCGCGCGGUGCGACUGCGGCGAGCAGCUCGACGAGGCGGCGCGGCUGAUGAGCCUGCCCGGCAACACGAACGGCGGCAUCAUCAUCUACCUGCGCCAGGAGGGCCGCGGCAUCGGCCUCGGCGAGAAGCUGAAGGCGUACAACCUGCAGGACCUGGGCUCUGACACCGUCGAGGCGAACCUGCUCCUGCGGCACCCGGCUGAUGCGCGGAGCUACGGGCUCGCGACCGCGAUGCUGCUGGAUCUGGGGCAGCACGAGGUGCGCCUGCUGACGAACAACCCGGACAAGAUCCGCGCGGUGGAGGGCCCGAACCGCGAGGUCAGGGUGACGGAGCGCGUGGCGAUGGUGCCGCUGUCGUGGAAGGGGCGGGGAGGGUUCAGGAGCCAGGAGGUCGAGGGGUACCUCAAGACAAAGAUUGAAAAGAUGGGACAUAUGCUUGAUAUGGGUGGCAUGCCUUGA